CCUUUCGGUCUCUCGCUCUCUCUCUCUUAUUGUUGGUUAAUAAUUUGCGAGAGAGAGAGGAGGGGGUGGUUGAGAGGACGGUGAAGUAGGGGAAAGGAAGCACGAGGAUUCAUGACAUCAAGCUUGUAAUGCAUAAUCCGUUCAAGAACCCACCACAAUCCUCAGCUUAGAUCACUACCGCUGGGAUCACCGGCAAUCCUCAUCAAUCUCUGUUUUGAUACCCAGGUGUCAGAAAACCCAUAACAAAUCUCAUCUGAGUGUCCCAUAUUCGAGUCUUUCAUCCACUCUCUGAGUGACACGUGUUAGGGGUUGUUUAUACGGCUCUGGGCUCUAAAGCAAAGGAUUGAAGAAGAAACUUUUGGCUAUUGGGCAAAAGGGAGUGAGUUUAGAUAGGGUUGAGGACAAGACCAAUUAUAUGUAUGUAUCAUAUGCUUGUUUUUAUGAAUUUGUGAUUGCUGAUCACGCUCCUCUUGAAAACAAGAGGAGGCCCACCCUUGGGUUUUUGGUGGGCUCCUUUCAAACCAAUAAAAAACCCGCAACCCACCCAAGAGUACAAUUAGUGGAAUAGGAAAAACCCCCCAUUCUUUGUAGUGCUUCUCUACUUUUUCAUUACUUGCCUCUCGCUCCUCUUUUUCAAGUCUCUCCCACUCCCACCAUGGGCUUUUGAGCUCCAAGUCCUUUUCUCCUCCAAAAUCAAAAGCCUUGUUUCGAUCGAUUUUCUUUCUCAAACUCAGUCAGCAAGGUCAAUGUCACUGUCCAUAGGAGUAGUGAGUAGGACAACUAGUAACACAAAGCAUGACCAUGGGAUUAAUACUGAACAACAAGUGUGUUUGCUGGACUUGCCGGAAUUGGCGUUGGAAUGCAUUCUGGAAAGACUUCCCGCCGAGUCCCUUUUUAGAAUAAGAGGGGUUUGUACCUCUCUAAGGGAGAGAUGUGUGAGUGACCACCUUUGGGAGAAUCACAUGAAACAGAAAUGGGGCAGAGUAAUUGGUCCUGCAACUUAUAAAGAAUGGCAGUGGCACUCCAUGGCCAAUCAAAAGCAGAGCCUGAAUCAGAAUCAGCUGGCCAAGCCGCAGAAAGCAGCCGGCAAAUGCCUUAUGAAAAUUCUAUCACUAUCUCUUUCUUGGUCUCUGUCAUGGAUUAGAUCAUCCAGCGACAUUGAUGAAUUUAUCAAAAGCAAGAGGAGGACUUGCUUCCCGUCUCCUCAUUAUGAGAAUUCUGUCAUGUCCUGGUACCUUGCUCUUACAACCGGCAGGUUUUGGUUUCCUGCACAAGUCUACAACCGAGAGAAUGGUCAUGUUGGUUUUGUCUUGUCAUGCUAUGAUGCUGAGCUUUGCUAUGAUCCCCGCAACGACUCAUUCCAAGCCAGGUAUCCACCACAUGGAAGGAGAGCAGUUGCAAUUGAGAAUUGUGUGCCCUGGGAAAGGCUUAGAGCACCACCUGUUGACACUCUGCCUCAUGAUCUUCAUAUCUCUGACUGUUUGAAUGAUUUGCGUCCUGGAGAUCAUAUUGAGAUUCAAUGGAGAAGAAACAAAGAAUUUCCUUAUGGUUGGUGGUAUGGUGUUGUAGGUCACCUCGAAUCAUGUGAUGGCAAUGAGACUUACUGCAUUUGUCAUAAUAGUGACAAUGUGGUGCUGGAGUUCAACCAGUAUGCACGUGGUUCAAGGUGGAGAUGUACAACAAUCAGCCGAAAAAACCAUCGGGAAGAGGGAGACGAGGCAGAUGGUUUCUAUGGGGGAAUCCGCAAGCUUCAAAUGAAGGAAGAGAUUUCCAUUUGGAAGCAACUUUGGCCAACUCAAGUCCUGGAAUGAUAAAACAAUGUUAAAAGUUCGUGUAACUACUCACCUUAGUUUACUUUCAUUAUUUGUGAAAUCCAAUGAAAUGUCACACGCGUAGCUAAGAUCACCAUGUCCGUAGGCCACAUGCAAGUUUUGUUUAGGGAAUUUGUCUUCAGCCUCAGAAAUCAGUUGAAUAGAGAAACACCGGUAAUACUGUUGAUG